AUGGAAAUCUUUAAAUGUAGAUAUGUAAAUCAUGAAAACGAAGAAAUAAUAGGAUUUUGUUUGAAUUAGAAUUGCUAAAAAGCAACCUAAUAUUGUUAUUAAUGCUUGACUUAGACUCAUUCAGAUCAUUUAAGUGAUUGCAUUCGAUUUGCCACAAUGAGCUAACUUAUUAAUUAAUUCAUAUAAGUUUACAAAGAAUCCAAUAAAUAAAUCAAAGAAACCAUCCAUCAAAUGAAGAAUUGUUUUGAGUAGAUUUAAAAAUAAAUGGAUCAAGAGAUUAUACUAUUAUAGAAUAUGAAUUAGAAACUUUUAAACAACGAGUAUUUAACUUUUAAAUCUGAGAUAAAUAUAAUCAAACAGUUUUACUCAAAGGAGAAAGAAAAUUCGAUAUGUAUUCAACUUAUUAAUUUUAAAAGAGUAAUAAAUAAUAGAAUUCAAUAAAUUUCUUGA